AUGGUACCACAGGUUUUAGUAAGUUGUUGCAAUCUCAUUGAUCGAUGGAAGAUGCUGCUUGCAGCCGAUGGACGAAGCGAAAUUGAUAUCAAUUCUGAAUUGCAUGGUCUUUCUGCAGAUGUGAUUUCUAGAGCAGCCUUCGGAAGUAGCUAUAAAGAAGGAAAGAAGAUCUUUGAACAUCAAAAAGAGCAAGCUGUGCUGGCAAGUGAAGCAUAUCGAGCUUUGUACCUCCCAGGACUCAGGUUUCUACCAACUAAGAAGAAUAGAAGGAGAUAUCAGGUGGAUAUAGAGAUCAAAGCAAUGUUAAGAGAUCUAAUUUGCAAGAAGCAAAAGGCAAUGCAAGAUGGCGAAGCAGGUAAUGCUGAUCUGCUUGGAUUGCUGUUGCAAUGCAAAGAAGAAAAGGGAAAUGACAUGACAAUUGAGGAUGUAAUAGAGGAGUGUAAGCAGUUCUACCUUGCCGGCCAAGAGAACACUGCUCUCUGGCUUACAUGGACCCUCAUACUCCUGUCUAUGCAUCCGGCCUGGCAAGAGAAAGCCAGACAAGAGGUUCUACGAAUUUGUGGAAAGUCCCCCCCUGAGAUGGAUAUCUUGCACCGGCUCAAUAUUGUAAGUGUGAAUAUGUUGUUGACUCCAAUUCUUUUCAUCUUUUCUCAGACGCCAUCAGGUUUCACUCACAUCAAGAGUGAAAUUGCUAAUAGGCUGAUUGAAACUAAACCAGAGGAUCUCAAAGAUGCAACUACUAAAGGGGGUUAA